AUGAUUGUGGCGCACAUAGUUCCAGGACCCACCACCAUUAGGUCAAUAUUACUAUCCGCUGGGUUAGUGAAUCCAGCAGUUUGGAGUAUUCCUUUGAGGAUUCCAGCUGUUCAUCUAACAUUUCCGAACCCAUUCAGUGGAGAACUGAAAAAAGAAGAGCAAACUCUCGAUCCACGACUCGAGCAGCUAAGACAAGAUAUAGAAUCGAGUGGCGAGAUACCUUUCAUAAUCGAUAACGGCACUAUAGUAAAGGCGGUUCCCAAGAAAAAAGUUUCAUAUCGAAACACUAGAACUAAAUUAUAUGCUCCUGGUGAAAAGCAGAUUAAGCAUUUAAACAAUUUGGUAAGAUGUCCUGCCUGUGGCCAUACAAAGAGGUCUCAUUUCUUAUGCAUGCACUGUUUUGCUGAAAUAAGAUCUUUCCUCAAAUCAAAGAAAAGAGAGGGUCAACAUACCGAAACUGAUCCCCAAUCUGAUUUAGACCCAAUCGACGAAAGGAUUUUGUAUCCUGGAAAGAGGUUGUCUGAAUAUGAAAGAAGACUAAAAUCUAAAGAUUGGAUUCCUGUGAGAGAGAAACCUUUGGUGUAUAAUCGUGAUCAGUUGAAGAAACCACUUGAUUAG